GAUUUACUAACGCUCAACAAAACUCUUUCAUUCUCUUACACCUUUUCCCCGAGUUCCGACAAUGGCAUCAGCUUCAGCGACAGCUACUCUUCUCAAACCCAAUCCUCCGCCACAUAAACCCACCAUCAUCGCCUCCUCCGUAUCUCCGCCUCUUCCUCCUCCACGUCGCAACCACCUCCUCCGCCGCGAUUUCCUCUCCCUAGCGGCAACAUCCACGCUUCUAACACAAUCGAUUACGUUUCUAGCUCCGGCGCCAGCUUCCGCCGCUGAAGAUGAAGAGUAUAUAAAAGAUACAUCGGCAGUGAUCAGUAAAGUUAGGAGUACGCUUUCGAUGCAGAAGACAGAUCCGAAUGUGGCUGAUGCGGUGGCGGAGCUGAGAGAAGCGUCGAAUUCUUGGGUUGCUAAGUACCGGAAAGAGAAAGCUCUUCUCGGAAAAGCUUCUUUCCGGGAUAUAUACUCGGCGUUGAAUGCUGUUUCAGGUCAUUAUGUGAGUUUUGGUCCGACGGCUCCGAUUCCGGCGAAGAGGAAGGCGAGGAUUCUUGAAGAGAUGGAAACUGCUGAGAAGGCUCUCUCUAGAGGAAGAUGAAAAAUUGCAGUGAGACCUGACAAUUUCUUCUUCUCCUCCAUUUUCUUGUUAAUGAAAAUUUAUUUUCAGA